CCGACAACCCUUCCCCCAUUUUACAGCCAGGCGGCGUGACGAAGAGACAUGUACACGGGCGUCUUCCACGCCGAGGAGGCGCGCAGAGAGCUCGGGUGUGUUAGCCGGGGAUACCACCGUUUAAAAGCAAAAACACUGGCGUGUUGGAUUUUAAAGGAGCUAGCGCUAGCUAAGCGAAACAAACAAACAAACCAACAAAAAACAAUCGCGCGCGAGGACAACGAACCCAAGUUUGACGUCAAAGAAUGGGUUUUCAGUCAUGUUUGGUGGGCUAAUCCGUGUCACGGGCACUAGACUCGGCGCCGAGCGGAGGAGCACGUCAAGUAGAGCCGGGCCUGUUUUGUACGGUGUUGAAUGGAGGCAGUCUCUUCCUGGUGGAUAAACAGUGACAGCUACAGGGCAGCCACCGACACCCAGCGGCCCGGCUCCGGCGUUGCUGGCCGCCUCACCGAACCACGCCAACAAACAUGGCUUCAGACAGUCCCCAUAUCGCGCAGUUGACUUCUGAGCUCUACUUCCUAAUCGCCCGCUUUCUGGAGGCAGGGCCGUGCCAAGAAGCAGCCCGGACGCUGAUAAGGGAGGUGGAAGAUCAGGAGCUGCUGCCCAAAAGGCUGGACUGGACCGGGCAGGACCACCCAGGAACGUAUGACAAUUUGGUGAAGCUGUACCGGCACAUCAGUCCCGACCACCUGCUGCAGGUGUGCUCCAGAGUGUGUCCUCUCCUAGAGCGGGAUGUCCCGGCCAGCGUUCCGGGACUCACCAGCCUGCUUGGGGCGGGAAGGCAGAAUCUCCUCCGCACCAACAAGAGUUGCAAGCAUGUCGUGUGGAAGGGUUCAGCACUGGCUGCACUUCACUGUGGGCGACCACCAGAGCCUCCCAUCAUCUACGGGAGUCCACCUAACAUCGUGGAGACUAGUCACGGCCGUCGACUGAACGGCUCGUACCGUCUGCAGCAGUUGGUGCCCACCGCAGUCUACCAGCACAUGAAGAUGCACAAGAGGAUCCUGGGACACCUGUCCUCCGUUUACUGCGUCACUUUCGACAGGACGGGACGCCGCAUAUUCACCGGCUCCGAUGACUGCCUGGUCAAGAUCUGGGGGACGGAUGACGGGCGUCUGCUGGCCACACUUCGGGGCCAUGCCGCUGAGAUUUCCGACAUGGCGGUGAGCUACGAGAACACGAUGAUUGCCGCUGGCUCCUGUGACAAGACCAUCCGGGUGUGGUGCUUGCAAACGUGCGCGCCUCUGGCCGUCCUGGAGGGCCAUGCGGCGUCCAUCACCUCGCUGCAGUUUUCUCCUCUGUGUAGCGGCUCCAAGCGAUACCUCUCCUCCACGGGCGCUGACGGCACCAUCUGUUUCUGGCAGUGGGACGCGCGCACGCUCAAGUUUGGUCAGAGGCCUAGUAAGUUCACAGAGCGUUCCAGACCUGGUGUCCAGAUGAUGUGCUCAUCCUUUAGUGCAGGUGGGAUGUUCCUGGCCACGGGAAGCACGGAUCACAUUAUCAGGGUGUACUACUUUGGCUCUGGGCAACCUGAGAAGAUCUCAGAGCUGGAGUCCCAUACUGACAAGGUCGACAGCAUCCAGUUUUCACACUGCAGUGACCGCUUUGUGAGUGGCAGCAGGGAUGGCACGGCGCGGAUUUGGCAGCUGCAGCCGCAGGGCUGGAGGAGCAUCCUGCUGGACAUGCAGACCAAAUUGCCAGGGAAGUACAACCCUCCUCCGUUGGAGGACAAAGUGACCAAGCUGAAGGUCACCAUGGUGGCGUGGGAUCGCCACGACGGCACGGUGAUAACGGCGGCCAACAAUCUGACGCUGAAGGUGUGGAAUUCCAUCAGUGGAAACCUUGUCCACGUCUUGAUGGGUCACGAGGAUGAGGUGUUUGUCCUGGAGCCACACCCCUUUGAUCCCAGGAUCCUUUUCUCGGCGGGGCACGAUGGUAAUUGCAUCUUGUGGGACCUGACCGGAGGAGUCAAGAUCCGUUCGUACUUCAACAUGAUCGAGGGUCAAGGGCACGGGGCGUUGUUUGACUGCAAGUGUAGUCCAGAUGGACAACACUUUGCUGCCACCGACUCCCAUGGUCAUCUGCUCAUCUUUGGCUUUGGCUCCAGUAGCAAGUACGACAAGAUCGCUGACCAGAUGUUCUUCCACACUGACUACCGGCCGCUGAUCCGCGAUGCCAACAACUACGUCCUGGACGAGCAGACCCAGCAGGCGCCCCACCUCAUGCCCCCUCCCUUCUUGGUGGACGUGGACGGGAACCCCCACCCCCCCAGAUAUCAGCGGCUGGUGCCCGGCAGGGAGGGCUGCAGGGACGAGCAGCUCAUACCGCAGAUGGGCGUCACCUCCUCAGGUCUGAACCAAGUGGUGAGUGAGCAGGCGGUGGACGGUCCCAGUCCCCUGGACACCAUGAUCCAAAGACUGCAGCAGGAACAGGACCAAAGACUAGGCUCCGGUGAGAUGCCUGCUGCUCCUGCUACUGCCCUGACUGCCAGCACCCGAAUCAGCCGAGGGUCGAUGGGUUCUCCAACAGAAGUCCACUCCCCGCCCAACGUGGGCCUCCGUCGCAGCGGGCAGAUUGAGGGCGUUCGUCAGAUGCACAGCAACGCCCCCCGCAGCCAGAUGGCCACAGAGGGAGACCUGGUGGCCUGGAGCCGCAGGGUGCUGGUGCCCGAGCUGGAGGAUGCCUCGGUCAGGAGACAGGUGAACUGGCGAGAGGCGAAAGGGGAGGAAGAGAUCAAUAUUUACCAGUCAGAGCGCCGGAGACGCACCAUCCACUCUCUCCCCAAGGAAAGCAGAGUUCAACCCACUUCAGAGUGUGUUACCGAUGAGGGGAGGCGGAGUCAGGGUAACCAUGGUUACCAAACCCGGGCUGCCAUGGAAGAGACGAGCCGCCAGAGCACCGAGGCGGCUGAUGACUACGACAGCGCCUCUGAGCAGGGUGAAGGUGUGGAGGUGCGCCAGGUAAAUGGCCACUCAUCGGAGGAGGACAAGGAGAAGGACGAGGAUGAAAAAGAGCCGUGGCCGGAUGAUCACAGCACUUCUAGCGACUACUCCAGCGAUUACUCAGAUUGGACGGCUGACGCUGGCAUCAACCUGGAGCCGCCCAAGAAGAGUGUGAAAGUGAAGAAGAAGAGUAGCAGCUCCGAGGAGGACGGCGACAAGAAGAGGGACCCCAAGAAGGAGCGCAAGAAAGACAAAGGCGACAAGGACGGUGUCUCACCAAAGAAGAAGCCAAAGGAGAAGAUGAAGAGGGCGGAGCUUCAGGAGCAGGGCCUGACCCUGGAGGAGUGGCUUCCCUCUUCCUGGAUCACAGACUUACUCCCCCGCAGGUGUCCCUAUAUUCCCCAAAUGGGAGACGAGUUGUACUACUUCCGACAAGGCCACGAGGCCUAUGUGGAGAUGGCCAAACAGAAAAAGAUUUACAGCAUCAACCCUAAGAAGCAACCCUGGCACAAGAUGGAGCUGCGGGAGCAAGAGCUGAUGAAGAUUGUGGGUAUAAAAUACGAGGUGGGCUUGCCCACGCUGUGCUGCCUCAAGCUUGCCUUCCUCGACCCGGACACCGGGAAACUUACCGGAGGCUCCUUCUCCAUGAAGUACCACGACAUGCCGGACGUCAUUGACUUCCUGGUGUUGCGGCAGCAAUUUGACAACGCGCGGAAGAGGCAGUGGAGUAUCGGUGACAGGUUUCGCUCUGUGAUCGACGAUGCCUGGUGGUUUGGGACCAUCGAGAGUCAAGAGCCGUACCAGUCACAGUACCCUGACAGCCUCUUUCUCUGCUACAAUGUUUGCUGGGAUAACGGAGACACAGAGAAAAUGAGUCCUUGGGACAUGGAGCUCAUCCCUGAUGAAGCCUCCUUCCCGGACGAGUUGGGCACCAGUGUCCCGCUCACGGAGGAAGAGCAUCAGGAGCUGCAGUACGUGCCGCUGGAUGGUGAGUGGGGCUGCCGCACACGUGUGGAGGAGUGUGAGCGCGUCAUCAGAGCCAUCGACCAGCUGUGCACCCUGGACAUUGCAGCGCCAUUUGCUUUUCCCGUCGACCUGCAAGCUUACCCCACGUACUGCACGGUUGUGGCUUACGUCACUGACCUCAGCACCAUACGCCAAAGGCUGGUCAACUGCUUCUACAGACGACUGUCGUCCCUGAUGUGGGAGGUCCGGUACAUCGAGCACAACGCCCAAACGUUUAAUGAGCCAGGGUCCUUCAUCGUCACUACAGCCAAAUUUGUCUCUGACCUCAUGCUGCACUUCAUUAAGGACCAAAGUCUGAUGGACCUCAUGCCUCUCUACAGAAGCAUGAAGAAGGCCACCUUCUUCGACUCUGAAGACGAGGAUGAGGAGGAGGAGGAUGAAGACACUAACGCACCUGGAACUUCUGCCCCAAACCACCAGGGGCGGCGCUCCAUGCGGCGCCAGCUGCGUACCCGACCUCACUCGUACGACCCUCAUGCGUGGCGAGGACGCUGCAAGGAGCUUCUGGACCUCAUCUUUCAGUGCGAAGACUCUGAACCCUUCAGAGAACCUGUGGACCUGCAGGAGUACCCGGAUUACCUCCAAAUCGUGGACUCUCCCAUGGACUUUGGCACAGUCCUCAACACGCUGGUUGGAGGGAAGUACCAGUCACCUAUCCAGCUCUGCAAAGACGUCCGCCUUAUUUUCAGCAACUCCAAAGCAUACACGCCUAGUAAGAAGUCACGGAUCUACAGCAUGAGUCUGAGGCUCUCCGCGCUCUUUGAGGAGCAUGUGAGCUCCAUCUUGGCCGACUACAAGGCCAUCCACGGCCUGUCGGACAAACUGACCCGACGGGCGUCCGAGCACCAGGCCCGACACCCUGGCGAGCACCCCACACGGCACAGCGUAAAGAGGCGGCGCUGCAGCGAGUCUCCCGACAGCAGCACGGCAUCCAGCCCAGAGAGGAAGCGACGUGUGUCGUCCCGUGUGAUGAGCCGCCGGGAGCCUUCACCGCCACCGCCACCACCUCCCUCACGGCCCCCCUCCCUCAGGCAAAACCUCCCCGUCAAGCAUUCGCCUCAACUGGUCAACGGCAAGAUGGAUACGCCGGCCAUAGGGCGUACACGCAGCGCUGCACGCCACUUUGCACACUUGGCGCCGGCAUCAUUGCACAACGCCACAGGUCAGACGGCGAGUGCCGCCGAGUCCACGCGCUCUCUGCGGACUCACAACACCCUCUCCGCUUCCUCGCCACCAGCUGCUGAGAGGACGAUGCCCACCACUGCAGGCAUGGACGGUGGCGUUGGCGGAAGCACCCGCUGGAAACUCAGGAUGCCUGUGAGACGCUUGUCGGCCUCUCCCGAAAGCCCCGCCUCCCAGGGUACCGCCCACCUGAACGGCCACAGUCGCCACAGUGCCGGCAUUGGAAGGAGAAGUCGUAAAUCUGGAACAGAGCCACCGGAGGGUCCCCCAGCCAGCCCGUCCAGGCCACGAGGUCGCCCCCCAAACAAGAAGAAAGGCAGGAAGAGCAAGGCGGAGCCUGACCACGGCUGCUACACAAGCUCCGCCCCCGAUGACGAGCUAGGCCAAUCCACGGGUGAUGAAGGCGGGGCGUCCUCAGCGCAGGAGACGACUGUUCUGUCAGACUCUGGUACCGCCUCCACUCCCAGAAGGCGUGGCCGCCCGAGAGUGAUCAGGACUGAAGCGUCGUCUCCUCCUCCUCCUCCUCCUCCUCCUCCUCCUCCCCCGCCACCCCCGCCAGUGGAGUCUCCCGAGCCUUCGUUGAGGAGAAGCAGCAGGCGCGCGCAUGACGACAUCACGUCUCCUCCUCGGAUGCAAAGAGGCCCUCGGAGGGAGGGGGCGGCGGCGGUGGAGGGCGAAGGUGACGAUGAGGAAGGGGCAGCAGGCUCCAUGCGUACGCGUAACCAGGGACGACGCUCGGCCUGGUACAUGGAGGAGGACUCUGAGGAGGAGCAGAGGCAGCUGCUCUUCGAGGACUCCUCCAUCACCUUUGGGACCUCCUCCAAGGGGCGUGUCCGCAAGCUGACCGAGAAGGCAAAGGCUAACCUGAUUGGCUGGUAGCAAACAGAGCCCCACCCCUCUACUCCUCCUCAUAUAUUGGUCCAUGUUGGACCCCCCCCCCCCCCCCCCCCCCCCCCCACACACACACACACACACCACCCCCUUGUCCGUCAGACCUUUGGUGAUGCUGGAAACAGGGGUACUCCUUUUAUGGAACUUUUCUUUGUGGGCGGAGUCAAAGAAGCCCAUGUCAACCGUCAGCCUUGGCCUCGCCUCCCUCAUUUUUAAAUCCCUCCCCCUUUUGCCUUUUCUAACGUUUGUAUGUGACGCUCAUCCUGCCCAUGGAAGUCUUAAGCGUGCGUGUGUGUGCGUGUGUGUGUGUGUGUGUAUAAAGUGUCAUUGUAGUUCCAGAUGUUGUUUUGAUUUCUUUCUUUUUUUUCUUUUUUUUUUUGGAGCCUUAAAAUUCCAGCAAAACUUUGGAAUGUUUCCAAAGCUUUUUCUUUGUUUUUGAGGAACAAUUAGUUUGUUUAAAUAGAGUUAAAUAGACCUUUACUUUUCAUUGUGUGUGUGUGCGUGUGUGUGCGCGUGUGUGCGCAUUAGCAAUACCUUGUGCCUUUUACGUUGUGUGUGUGUGUGUGAUACAAAGUUGUGUAUUUAUUAGCAGUGAAGAUGUAGUUUGGAACGAGUGCUAGCGAGAUGCACGUGCAGCUUCUUUGUGAAUGUUGCGUGUCUAAGCUGGGAUGGACUUUUAAAAUAUUUUUCUUUUUCAACCUUGCUUCUCUUAUGCACACACACGUCACAUUCAUCACACACUUUGCUUUAAAGUGUGUGUGUGGAUGUUUGUUGCAUUCUUGUGGUCUACAUCAGUGUUUUUCAACCUUUUUUGAGCCACGGCAUGUUUUUUACAUUGGACAAAUUUGGGGGCACACCACUAACCAAAAAUGUUACAAAAUGACACCAUGUACAGUAUAUUUCAUUACAAUAUCAUUUUUCAAUGUAUUUAUACUCACUCAGUGUGAAACAUGGGCCUGUCUAGAUGAACACAAAGCCGAUAUCCUGGCAGGAAUAGAAGCAAGAUUAAAAAAAAUCAAAUUAUAACAAAAAAGUGAUAUUGUGAUACUAGUGGGCCGUGGCACAGUGGUUGGAAAAACACUGCUCAAAAUUAUGUUGAUGUUCUGGGUGGGUCCUGAUUUUCUUUCUCAUCCGGGUCGUGGCCAGGGCGUCCCACGGGGGUCCCACAGGCAUCCCACAGGUGUCCCCCAGGUGUUCUUAGUAACACAGUGGAACCUCCAAGGCUGUUUCGUUGGCAAGCGGAGAGCCUGUACAGUAGGGGUGUAACGAUUCAUUUGAAUAAUGAUUCGACUCGUAUCAUGAUUGGUGGCGGCGGAUAUGAUUCAAUGAUGGAAUUGGUUUAUUUAGGACGGACGGUGAGAAAGGACUUAGGGGGGUAGUGGACCGCGCAAGUGAGGUUUCUUCGAUUCCCUAGUGUGUUUGGAAGGGAACCAGGUAGAAAUGAAUCAUGGAUAUCAACAAGGAUGAAUGGCAAACGCAUAGAAGUGCAAGCGCGGUUGAAUGUCGAGUAGGUUUAUCUGCCGCUUGCUACUGCAGGAGUUGCCUUCAAACAGCCAGCCAAUCGUGUAGAACAUCUCCCUCUCUGCAAACACCAAAGUGUUUCCGCACACUGGACCACCACGGUGGCCUGACUAUCUCUGCCGUCCGACAGACCGGCCGACUGAAUGUAGGAAUCUAAAUCUACCUGGCGGAUGAAUGCCUACAGCCCAACUGUACAGGUAUUGUUGUUGUCACGCAAGCGUACUAAGUGAAAUGCUGAUGAGGCGUCAGAAAGGCGGGCGUGAGGAAAGGAAGUUUCAUGACGGCAACUUCACGUAUCCUUCGUCUUGUUCACGCUUUUGCAAGGCGGUGAAGGAUUGAACCACGCGAUAGCCCGACUUGCAGGUGUUGCGUGUACUUCACCACCGUGUCCUCUUCUAGGCUUUUAUGCCAAAGAAAAAGCAAAAGGCUGCGCUGCAGUCUCCCGCCACGAUGAGUCCUGUGACUUUCAAGGUUCCACCGUCUGAUCCCUACUUUCAGUGUUUUUAUCAUGAGUGAUAUGCCGUCAUCGUUAUAUCACGUUAGCGCCGUAGGAAAGGAAACGCUGAUGGCAGCAGUGCCGUUCCUAACAAACUAACACGAUGGCAAAGGGGCCUUAAAGGGACGCUGCUACCUUUUGGAGACAUCCCCGUCUGUGUGUGUCAGUUUUAAGGGUGCGUGUUGGGAAGCCGGGGAGCGAGGGUUUCUGUUUUCCACAUUUGAAAGAGAAGUUGUUAGUUUGUAUACUUUUUCUAAAUGUAGGCUAUAUAUCCACACAGUAUGGGGAAGAUGAAAGGUAGAAUGUGCGUACGUACGUACAUACACGUGUACAUGACACAGGACUGCACUCCUGUUAGUUCAUACCAACAUCGGAAAG